AUGGGGCCAAUGCCAAGAGAUCUUGAAAGACUUUUAAGUCUACGAAACUUUGGCGUUGGUGAAAAUUUGUUGCAGGAUGACCUCAGUUUUAUUUCAUCACUAACGAAUUGCACGAGUUUACGAGUGUUUAGCGUUCUCGGCAAUUUUCUCAGAGGUCCGGUGCCCGAGUCCAUAGCUAAUCUCUCUUCCGAGGUUAGUGUAAUUAGAAUGGAGGACAAUGAAAUAUAUGGAAGCCUACCAUCAGGUAUUGGGAACCUCCUCAAUCUCGGUUUCUUUGAUAUGGCAAUGAAUCAUCUUAGUGGCCCUAUUCCUACCACCAUUGGGAAACUUCAUAAUUUGCACGGACUUUACUUAGGCGUAAACUAUUUCACACAACUACCGUCUUCAAUAGGUAACUUAACUUUGCUAAAUGAUCUCUACUUGGUGCAAAACAAAAUCCAUGGAAGCAUACCUUCGAGUCUCGGCAACUGUAAGAACUUGUUGGAUUUAAAUCUUGCUCAUAAUAAUUUCCAUGGCUCAAUACCCCCUGAAAUUAUGAGUCUCUCUUCCAUUUCAAUUUCCUUCGACUUAUCUUACAAUGCGUUGACUGGUUCUCUUCCAUUAGAAGUUGGGUCUUUGAAAAAUCUUGCAACAUUAGAUGUGUCCAAUAAUAGAUUAUUAGGAUCUAUUCCAAACUCUCUAAGCAAUUGUUUGAGCUUGGAAUGGCUUCAUUUGGAAGGUAAUUCAUUUGAAGGCGAGAUACCUCAAAGUUUGAGAGAGUUAAGGGGUUUACGAGAGUUGGACCUUUCACGCAACAAUUUAUCGGGGUUGAUCCCAAGUUAUCUAAGUGAGCUCCACUUAGAAAAGUUGAAUCUAUCUUUUAACAAGCUACAUGGGCGAGUUCCAAUGGAAGGAAUUUUUCAAAAUGAAAGUGCUAUUUCGGUGGUUGGUAAUAAUGAUCUAUGUGGAGGCAUUCCAUACUUGCGUCUUCCUCUCUGCCCAUCCUCAAAGUCCAACAAGAAUAAGCUCUCUCACAAGAUGAAAGUAAUACUCACUGUUGUGGUUGUUCUUGUGUUAUGUUCAAUUUUGUUGGUUUGCUUAUUCAUAGUCCUUCAUUGGCGAUGUGUUUCAAGAAAGAAGGCCUUUUCGGUGCCAUCACUCAAGAACCAUCUGUUACGAGUUUCUUAUGCAGAGCUUUUGAAAGCUACUGAUGGAUUCUCAGAGGACAAGCUAAUUGGCGUUGGGAACUAUGGUUCUGUUUACACAGGAAUUCUUGAUCAGGUUCAGACAAUAGUGGCAGUGAAAGUACUCAAUCUCCAACUCAGAGGAGCUUCUAAAAGUUUUAUGUCAGAAUGCAAAGCACUAAGAACCAUAAGACACAAAAAUCUCUUGAAAAUUUUGAGCGCUUGUUCUAGUGUGGAUUUCCAAGGUAAUGAAUUUAAGGCUUUGGUAUAUGAGUUUAUGGCCAAUGGAAGCUUAGAGAAAUGGUUGCAUCAUGAUGGAAUCGAAAAUAAUGGACAAGAAGAAGAAUCCAGAAAUCUAAAGUUGAUUCAAAGGCUAAACAUUGCCAUAGAUGUUGCUUCUGCAAUUGAGUAUCUUCACUGUCAUUGUGACUCAACAAUUAUUCAUGGUGAUCUAAAGCCGAGUAAUGUUCUUUUGGAUGAUGAGAUGAUCGCUCAUGUUGGAGACUUUGGGUUAGCCAAAAUUAUCUCCACUAUUUCAAAUGAGGUGGUACAACAUCAGAGCAAUUCAACUGCAGUAAGGGGAACUAUAGGCUAUGUUGCUCCAGAGUAUGCCAUGGGCAGCAGGGCUUCCACAAUAGCCGAUGUGUAUAGCUAUGGGAUUCUUCUCUUGGAGAUGUUUACAGGUAAAAGACCAACUGAUAACGUAUUUAAGGAUGAUCUAAAUCUUCAUAUCUUGGUUGAGAGUGCUUUGGCCGACCAAGUGCUGGAGAUUGUGGAUCCCUGCAUUCUUUCAGAACCCGAGCCAAGAAGUUGGCUUAAAGACACUCUGGUUUCUGUCUUGAGAAUUGGAGUUGCAUGUUCAAUGGAAUCACCAAGGGAUCGAAUGCAGAUUCAAGAUGUAGUUAACGCAUUAUGUAAGAUAAAAAAAGUUUGUGAAAAUAAUGGGUUGAGACAAGACUAGGAAAAUCUUAUCAAACAUGAAAUCCAAAGGAAAUACAAGCAAAUCAAAUCAUGCUUAUGACUACCCUAUUUUCUCUGAGGAUGCUUAGGGGCUACAAUCUAUAUGUUGGUGCGAUCCUUACGUUGUCUUCAUCAGCUGUGCGUUCAAUAAAUAACUUCGAUUUUACUUCUUAUGUGAGUUGUAAAAUUUGUUGAUGUGGGAUCUUUUAGAGUAAGUGUAUAUGUCUAUAACUUUUCCUUUCUUAUCUGGUUUAUGAUCUUUCGGGAGUAAUGCUAACACUUCA